GCCGGCGCGCCAGCCCCCGCGGCCCCAGCCGGCCGGGCACUCGCAGCGGCGCUCGGACCGGCGGGCGCCCGCCGCGGCUCACCAUGCACUGCCACGCCGAGCUGAGGCUGAGCUCGCCCGGCCAGCUCAAAGCAGCCAGGCGGCGCUACAAGACUUUCAUGAUCGACGAGAUCCUCUCCAAGGAGACCUGCGACUACUUCGAGAAACUCUCCCUGUACUCCGUGUGCCCCUCGCUGGUCGUGCGACCCAAGCCCCUGCAUUCCUGUACGGGCUCCCCUUCCCUCCGGGCGUACCCUCUCCUCUCGGUGAUCACCCGACAGCCCGCGGUCAUCUCCCACCUGGUCCCCGCCACCCCGGGGAUCGCCCAGGCGUUGUCCUGCCACGCAGUGCCGGUCCCCGAGGCGGUGGCGGCCGAGGCCCCGGGCGGCGAGGCCGUAGCCAGCAGCGAGUCGGAGACGGAGCAGCCCGCGCCGCGGCCGAAGAAGCCCCGCCGGAGCCGCACCAUAUUCACUGAGCUGCAGCUCAUGGGCCUGGAGAAGAAGUUCCAGAAGCAGAAGUACUUGUCCACCCCGGACAGGUUGGACUUGGCCCAGUCCCUGGGACUCACUCAGCUGCAGGUGAAGACUUGGUAUCAGAAUCGCAGGAUGAAGUGGAAGAAAAUGGUUCUUAAAGGUGGACAGGAAGCACCCACAAAACCCAAAGGUCGUCCCAAGAAGAACUCCAUCCCCACGUCAGAGGAGAUUGAAGCUGAAGAGAAGAUGAACAGCCAGGCCCGGGGCCAGGAGCCCCUGGAGCCCCCCCGGGGCCAGGAGCAGCUCUGUGAAGCACAGGAACCCAAAGCAGGUGACGUCCCCUUGGAGAUGGCAGAGCCACCAGGCCAGCCCCGGGAGUUGCCAGAAACCUCUUCUGAACCCCCUGCCAUUGAGCUAAAGUAAAACUCUUCUGCGGGGAAGAGGGAGACAGGGAGGAAGGGAAAAGAGAGAAGGCAGGGAGUAGAGGGAGAGAAAAACUUCCAACAGCCAGUAAACUGGAGGAGAACAACAGGUCACCUGUCUCCCUCCCACCCACGGUUCCCAUGGCCUUGUCAUCACAGGCAUUUGGGAAAGACUUGCUCGUCUUAGGCCCUUCUGUUCCCGAAAGGCUGCUUUAGCCACGGAUGCCCUUGACUAAGGGAGACAGCACCCUGGAGCUCCCUGCCCAGCUGGGUGACGCCGUGGGGGCCGGGUCUGUGUUGCAAGCCCCAUCCUGGUGUGCAGUGGAGGGUGCUUAGCUCGCUCCCCGCCGGCCUCUGGGCAGCCAGCCAUCAACGCAGAGGCUUGCGGAGGCGUGUGGGGAGUGUGCCCAGGUUCCUUGCUGACACAGCACUUAUUUCUGUAGUUUUAAAAGAGAAUUUAAUGUUUUUGGUUGUUUUCGGGGGGG